AUGUUUGAGGCGAUAAACUCGGUGGACAAUAGAGUCAUCAGAAGGUCUGAGGAGCAGGAGAAAAGCACGCUCAUGGCAGAAUACAACAAGGCCCUAAGGACACUGGAUGUAGGCCCAUUUCUGAAGUACAGGGUAAAGCAUGAUGUGAACCUUGGACUGCACAGAAAGGCAACAGGCUACCUUAUAUCAAACUACACCAUAAAAAAGACCCUUGAGGAGGUUGAGUCGAAUGUGGAAAGGUACAGACUGCUAGACCAUAGGGAGUCGCUGUUCAAUAUGGCAAGAAGAAAUAUUACAGAGGCGAGAAACUUUGUAAGAGCUAGAAAGCUUCUCAACAUUGCAAGGGAAAGGGGGUUCUUCUACAACGAGCUAUAUGAGCUGGAAGAGCUUCUGGACCAUGAGUGGUGCCCGGAGACAUGA